CAUUCAGCCAGAGCACAAACUGCACUCCAAACCCAACACACACACACACACACACACUCACACACACACGAACUAGCUCGCACACCAUCUCGGUCCACUUCUCCGGCUCUGCGGGAGAAAACUUCUCUUACUUUUUCGUUUUUUCCGCGGUAACAGCGGGCAUGCGUGAUCAGGAGAAGAGCAAAAGCGCACGCGGGGAUGCGCUCCACAUUUGCAGAUGCACUUUAUAUUUAUUUCUCUUAUGCCUGGAACCGAAUACUGUGCUCACAGCACAUGAGUCUGACUCCGACACGUUUGCCUUUUUCCACGAGGGGGUGUGGGGCUGUUUGGCCGUACGAGACCACGCGCUCUACCUCACAACAUCCUGUGAUGGCAAUGCUCAGCUCUGGAAGUGGGUCACCAGGAAUCGCCUCUUUAACAUAGGCUCCUCCCUCUGCCUGGGUGUCAGAGUGGGAAAUGGGAGUGCCUCGAGUGUCUUGCCUCGGCUCAGUGUGUACCGGUGUGACCGGGAACCCCCUCUGGUCCGGUGGUCGUGGAGCUGCAGCAAGUUCCUGGAUGACCUCAGCACCUAUUUACCCAAUCCGACCCCACCCAGAGAUGACCGUAACAUCUCAGUUGCUUGGCCUACGUCAGCCGCUGGGAACACACGGUGGAGACUUUAUGGUGACGAGCAGGACCUCUGCGCCAAAACGUACCGCGAAAUCUACACCAUCCAGGGAAACUCUCACGGACACCCGUGUUACUUUCCUUUCCUCUAUGAUGGCCAGUGGUUCCACAACUGCACCAGUGUGGGGAGAGAGGACGGCCAUCUCUGGUGUGCCACUACACAUGACUAUGGCAAAGAUGAACGCUGGGGAUUCUGCCCCGUUAAGAGUGCGGACUGUGAGACAUUCUGGGACACAGACUCUCUGACGAAUAACUGCUACCAGUUUAAUUUCCAGGCCACUCUGUCAUGGGAGGAGGCUCACACCAGCUGCCAACAGCAGGGGGCAGAACUGCUGAGCAUCACCAAGGUGGAGGAGCAGAGCUUUAUCAACGGUUUUCUCACUGGUUACAGCUCCACUCUGUGGAUGGGUCUGAAUGAUCUGGACCUCAACGGAGGCUGGCAGUGGUCUGACUCCGCUCCUCUCAAAUACCUCAACUGGGAGACAGACCAGCCAAACCACGAGGAUGAUCAGAACUGUGGCGUGAUCCGCACCGAGAGCUCAGGGCGCUGGCAGAACAAAGAGUGCUCCAUGGCUCUGCCUUACAUCUGCAAGAAACGGCCCAAUGCCACCCUUGACCCUUUCACCACAGACUCAUGGACAGACGAUGGACGGUACCAGUGUGAUAUCGGCUGGCAGAACUUCCAGGCAGGCUGCUACAGGCUGAGCUCAGACAAGCAGAAUUGGAUUCACGCUGAGAAAAACUGCCAGAAGAUGGAUGCCCACUUAGUCAGCAUCCACACACUGCCAGAGCUGGAGUUUAUUAAUAUGCACAUGAAAAGAGAUGUAGAAGAGUUGUGGAUCGGGCUGCAUGAUACCGCCAUGCAGAUGAAUUUCGAGUGGACAGACAGCACGCCUGUUAUCUUCACAUUCUGGCACCCAUUUGAGCCCAACAACUUCCUGAACACGCAGGAAGACUGCGUCAUCAUGUGGGGUCCUGAAGGCCGCUGGAAUGAUAGCCCCUGCAAUUACUCUUUACCCUCCAUCUGUAAAAAAGCAGCUCAGAAGACCGAUGGACCGAUCCAAGACCACGGGUGCAGACAGGGAUGGAAAUGGCACAGUCCUGCCUGCUUCUGGGUUGGAGAGGAGUCUGUAUCUUUCAACAGUGCUAGAAGAGUGUGUGCGAACUACAAUGCCACGGUAGCUGUAAUCAACAACAGGUUUGAGCAGGCGUUUGUGAACAGCUUGGUGUUUGGCCGUUCAGAUGACCAUUUCUGGCUGGGACUGCAUAAUGAGAACACCACUGGCCCUUUCCGCUGGCUCACUGGAGAGCAACUGACCUACACCAACUGGAACAGAGACCAGCCAGCUCCUCUUAAAGGCGGAUGUGUAGCCAUGGCAACAGGCCAUGCUACGGGCCUGUGGGAGGUAAAGGAGUGUGUAACCGCACGCUCUAAGUACAUCUGCAGACAGGACAAGGGCUCUUCAUUUUCCCCAAGCCCCCCUAUACCUCAGCCCACACCCCCCAUCACAGGGUCCUGUCUCCCAGAUUGGAAGACCUCCAGCACAUUGCAUCACUGCUACAAGGUCUUUCAUGCUGGUGACCUAGAGAAGAAGCUCACAUGGAUCCAAGCUCAUAUGUUUUGUCGGAAACACGGAGCUGAACUAGUCAGCUUUGCCAACCCAGAUGAGGAGACCUUUAUGUUUCAGGUCCUCCAUGAGGCCUUUGGAGUGGAGGAGGAUCAUGAGCAGCACUGGUUCUGGAUUGGCAUAUCACGCAGAAUCAGUGACAGCUGGACAUGGAGUGAUGGAUCUGCUGUCUCGUAUCAGAACUUUGGAAGGGGUCCGUAUAGCUCAGCACUGUGUGGAGCAGCUAAUGUGGCAGAUAUGAACUGGGUAAAGGCUGACUGUAAUUCUGAACUAGACUGGAUCUGCAAAGUACCAAAAGGGAAAGCUGAGGUAGAACCUGAGCCUGCUGAAGACUCUGGUCUGGACUGGGUUGAUUUCCAAGAAGCUCAGUAUAAGCUGUUUGAGCAUCGCUCUACAUGGGGGCAGGCCCAGAGGAUCUGUUCCUGGUUUGGUGGCUCUCUCGCCUCCAUACAUUCUGCCAGUGAGAAACAGUUCCUGGCAAGCACUCUGCGCAAGAUGUCGAGGAUUGAGAGUGAUCUCUGGUGGAUUGGACUACACACAUUUGAGAACGAUGGACGAUUCCGGUGGUCUGAUCACUCUGUGCUCAACUAUGUGUCCUGGGGACUUGGCCAACCUCGUCCCCUCACAAGAGACCGCAAAUGUGUCCACAUAUCUGCAUCUAAAGGGGAAUGGGCAGAUAAAAAGUGUCAUUUAGAUAUGCCCUAUGUGUGUAAGAGAGUAAAUGUCACAGGCACACCUCCUCCCACUCCGGCUCCCCCACUCAUCCCAGCAGGCUGUCCUGAUGGCUGGAGUCCAUUCCUGCACAAGUGUUAUAAGGUAUUUGGGAAAGACGAGGCGAUUCGUGUCACAUGGUCUGCUGCCCGGAUGAUGUGCCAAACUCAAGGGGCAACACUGGCCACAGUGCCCUCUCACAUUGAGCAAGCAUUCCUGGUGACUCUGCUGCCCAACUCGAGUUUUCAUCUUUGGUUGGGGCUUACUUCAGAUUCUCAGGGACACUUCAAGUGGGCAGAGCCUGGUUUACUUAGCUAUACAAACUGGGGCCCUGGGGAGCCAGUGAACAACAGUGGGCAAAACAAAAAUCCGACGAAUUGUGUGGUGCUACUACACGUUAGUCCUCACAGAACCACGGGAAUGUGGGCAUCUCGAGGAUGUGAGUCAGAGAAACAUGGCUACAUCUGCAUGAAAAACAAAGACCCUGCUAUUCCCCCUGGUGUGGACCUUCUUCCCCCUGUUGCUGAGGGCCAGCUGGAGUUUAAGGGCAAACAGUACCGUGUGUUACAAUCUCGGCUAGACUGGGAGGGGGCCCUGCAUGUGUGUGAGUCUGUUAAUGGUAGUCUGGCGUCGGUACAAGAUCCACAGCAGCAAGCGUACCUCACACUCUUACUCAAUGUCCUCCGCAAGCCUGCCUGGAUUGCACUACACAGUGACGGGGGCCGUGGAUACAGAUGGCUGGGCGAGGAGGAAGUUACUUUCAGCAACUGGCGCGAUGGAGAGCCCAAUCUGAUGGCUGGGUGUGGUCACAUGACUAUCAGUGGCCAGUGGUCUAUGUCAUCCUGUAAUGCCAAAUUGGACACAACCAUCUGUGAAAUGAAUACAGAGCGAGCAAUAGAUCACAGGUGGAUGUAUCCGGGUCACUGCCUUCAGUCAGUUGGGAACUGGUCCUGGGUUCCAUUUAGAAACCACUGUUAUGCGUUUAACCUGAACCAGCUGCGGCUACAGCACGAGGCCGAGCACACUUGCAAGAAAGUGGGAGCAGAGCUACUCUCAGUGCAGGAUGAGAGUGAGAAUGGUUUUGUAUGGGAGCACAUUCAGAGCUACCAGGAGCAGGCUCAUGGCGCCUGGCUCGGCAUGACCUUCAAUCCCAAAGCAGGAGGCAGCCUGCAGUGGCCGGACAGUUCGGUGGUGGAGUACACUAACUGGGAGCAGCAGGACGGUAAUCUGAGCAUGCUUUCUGCUAACAGCUGCUUCUGGGUCCAGAGUAACACAGGGCUCUGGAAACCUGGAUCCUGCAAGAACCGCACACAUGGGGUCAUCUGUAAACGGCCACGAGGACUGGAGGCAUCUGUUGUAUCAGCCGAUGUAGAUCAUCUUCCUGCUCUCGUUCUUAUCCUGCUGGCUGUCCUGGUCCUGAUUGCCCUCAUUGUGGGCGGAGUUUAUCUGUAUCGGAGGAGGAGCUCUGGCACUGCCGGCUCCUAUGAGGGCGCUCGUUACAGUCGUACUAACCUCAGCUCAUUUGAAGAGGCAGAGAAAAAUAUCCUGGUGUCGGACAUGGAGCUAAACGAGCAAGGGGAAUAAUGAAGAGUGAUAGAUCAUUAUGAAUGACUCAGAAAACUGGCCUGCACACAUGAGGACUAAUUGAACUGACUUCAUGUUUUGUUUUGUUUUGUUUCAAGGGUUUUUUGUGGUGACAUUUAGAAAGCUGUGUGGAGCGCAGCAGAUGUCAAUCAAACAUGAAGGUGGAACUCCACCCCUAUAUGGACUGUUGCGUCAUACCUGCACACCAACCAAUCAGAAUCCACCAGUUUAAAAAUCGUCUCAAAGUGGCUGAUACGCGCAUAGUGUUCUGCUUUUUAUUCUUCACGUUAACUCUUUCUGGCAACUCAGUUUAUAACCAUGUAUAUGUUUCAUAGAUAUCCAUCUGGUUCAUCGUAUUUUUAGCAUUACAAAAAAGAAAUACUCAAAAAAAAAAAAAAAGACCAUACCAGCUCAGAUUUCCAGGUACAAAUGCACACACAACCGCACAAUCUGUACCAAAGUGUUAUACCAUAGAAGUAUUUUUGCAGACCGUGACUGUGACGUGGUUCUAUUUUUAAUUCAUUAGUCUUUUUUUGAUUACCUCCAGCUAAAAGGAGAAUUAAUUUUUGAGUCCACAAAUCAUCUGCCUGUGGGGUCCCCCCUGUUCAUGUCACUUUUCUCUCACCUCUUUGCUUUCUCUGUUUCUCUUCUCUCUCCAGUUGAAUACUGGGUGCUGUCUGGAUGUGAUAAUCAUAGUGAUUAGAGAUGAAAGGAAUUGAUAGCAUGUGGAGCUUUUGACAAUACAGAGGCAAGACAGGGACAUGGAGAGAAUGUCAGGGGUAGAAAUGAACUGUGUGUCUUAAAGAAUGAGAGUAAUUUAAAGGUCUUUUCAGCAUGGUUGGUGCUACUUAAAGCUCAGCUGUGCUGCUGAGAUUUGCUGGAGCUUGGCACAAUUUGGUAUCUUUUUUUGGAGUAAACUAUGUUUAGUAAAUGAGCUCUUUUGAAAGUUUUACAAAAAUGAUCUGAGGAAUGUCACUAACUACAGCUACUAGAUGGCUAAACCUUUUUUUUUAUUAAAUCUUUUUCAGUUAUGAAAUAUUGAUUCAUAAAUUCAUAGGUUCAAGCAGUUCUUUAUCUUUAUGGCCAUUCCUGAUUCUUUUUGUUGUUUUUGUAGUUGUUGUUUUGUUUUAACAUUCUUAAAAGGUUUCAGAUUCUGUGCAGUUGCAUUUUUUCCUUGAUUAUUUUUUUCCUCUCUCUGCUUUUGGCGAAGGCGUGGGGUUGAAAAGGUGGAUCAGGUCUGGAACCAAUUUCAGCUUCUGAAGAACAAGAGAUAGAAAAAGAGACAGGGAAUGAGAGAGUGAGAGAGAGAGAGCGAGAGAGAGAGAGCAAGAGAGAGAGAGAGAGAGAGAGAGAGAGACAGAGAGUUGUCCUGAAGGGAAAGAAGGGGCAAAAGAGCCUUUAGGUGAUCAGGAAGAUCUGUGCAAUUUCAGGCUGAAAAGUCGCUGCAGUGCCUCUAGUGGGCAGUCUGUGUCAUUACAGUAAGUGAAGUCUGUGGUUUCACAGAAAUAGGUCUUGUAUGAGCAUUUCAUCUCUAUGUACAUGUUAUGUAUUCAUCAGAGAGCAUAAUAACUGUCCAGUAGUGUGCAUAAACAUAAAGAAAAUAUACAGCUCCUGCCAUGGUCUUGUUCACUGUUGGAGGUUUGGUCAUGGUGCAGUAUUCGUGAGUCAUACGACACUUUCAGAAUUUGAUAAAUGGCCAUUUCCUCAGCAGAGGAACUGCCACGUAGGCGAGUCUCAAUGCGUGCUUGUUUUUUUUUUUUGUUUUUUUUUUCUAGCCUCACAUUCCAUAAAAUGUUUCAGCAUUUUGCAAUAAUACUUCCCAGAACACUCAUGCAUACAUUUUUUUCCACUUUUGACCAGGGAACAUAGGCUAUAUGAUCAGAUAUGGACAUUAUAUUUUAUUUGCAAAACUAGUAAAAAAAAAUAAAAAAUAAAAAAAAUCAAGUUGUUGAAAGAAAAAAAAAACUAGUACAUAAUUUAUAUGGUUUUAUAAUUUGCUGAGAUUUCAGCCACGGAUGUCUGUGACAGUUGAUUUUUUUUUUGGUCUUAACUCCAAGGAAGAGAAAAAGCUGGUGAUGGAACAGCUGUUUAAAGCUGCUAUGAUGUAAGUGAUAACAGGAAAUAACAUCAUACAGAUGUUCAAAUACAUUAAAUAGAACUAUAUACAAUUCGUUAAUAAAUGAAAAUGUAUUAAUAAUUAUUGCAAUCAAAUGGCUGUGGUAUAAGAGGAAUGAAACACAUGCUGUUAUAAGAAAAUAAUUCCUUUUCACAUCAAGCCACAUCACACCAUUGUGUUUAAUUCCUUACUUAUCAAAUACAUUUUUUAAAUAAUUGGAUUAACAUACUAUUGAUAGUAGCUUUUUUUCCCAGCCUGUGAUGAGGCCCUCUGCUGGCUGUGGGGCCCAUAACGGCCAUUUAGUUCACUUAGGAGUUGGCUAGCCCUAGUGUGAUCCAUUUGCUUUAAUCAGAUUGACCAUAAUUCGUUGGUAGUAUUGGAAUUUAAGCAAGCAAAAAAUAUGUGACACAAAUAAGCACAUAACGCAUCUUUUUGAUGACUCAUAACUACAUGUCCACUCAUUGGCUGUAAUGACGCACAAGACAGAAUGACAUUGUACAUGACAGCAGAAGAGUUGAGGUUGUGACACUGUUUCUGACCCUGUUGUAUACUGUUAUGACUUGCGGUAAAGGCUAAAAAUGGACUUUACCGUAAUGUGAGUCAGAAUUUGGAUGAACCAUUAGCUGACACCAGUGGCUCAUUAGUGUUGGUUUUGAUUUGAGGAAAUCAAAAUGUUGGGGUCCCCCCCCACCCAUUUCUUUCUUUUUGUCUGAAGGAGUAGAUGAAUUGACUUGAUUCUUUGUCAGAAUGGUUUUCUGAUUUUCCAUUAUGCACCUGUUGUCUACUUGUUUUGAAUAAUUUUGUUUGUUUGUUUGUUUGUUUGUUUCAUAUGAAAUGAAUAAAGUAUAUGUUGGCUAUG